GGCCAUGCAACUUGACUGUUUUGCUUUCAGCGCAGGGCGCCUUUAAAGAAAGAAAAAGGGGCUCAGUACCCUGCAACUAAAACAUGUCUUGUAUCCAGAGAAACUGGGUUGCAAACUUUUCCUUUUGGGUUCACCUCCUUAAUAUCCAGGCGCUGUGCUACGGUAGGGAUCCGCCACCGGGCAGCUUUGUCUUCCCAGACAAGAGGCAAGGUUGUUUUAUUGAGACAUUGCAAGACUAUCAAGUGGUCAGCCCAGAGAAAGUCAAUGCAGAUGGACGUUUUCUCUCCUACAGUGUACAUCACCAUGCCUCAAAUGUCAGAAGGAAAAGAGACGUCAGCAGGAAGGACAGUAAAGUGUAUUAUAAAAUUAAGCACAAAGAGAAGGAUCUCUUCUUUAACUUAACUCUCCAUCAAGGGUUGCUAGCCAAUAAUUAUAUUCUGGAAAGGCGAUAUGGCAACUACACUGGGGCAAAGAUCAUACCACGUCUGGAAACUUCAUGCCACCUCAUUGGGACAGUCUUGCAGUCCGAUUCCAGGAAUGGGAAGGCAGCAAUCAGCACUUGCAAUGGGCUAACUGGAUAUUUCCAUCUUCCUGAUGGAGACUACUUCAUUGAACCAGUGAAGAGCUAUAAGUCUGAAGAAGGGGCUUACCCUCAUGUAGUCUACAGGGCAAACAUCUUUCAUAAGGCUUUAAGGAAACGACGGGACACCUGGGUGAAAAUGGAACAGACUUGUGGAGUGAAUGAAACUCUGAACUUUCUCAAACAGCAAGAGCUUCGAAGGGAGAAGUGGGACAGGCGUCGUGUGAUGGCCAAAGCAACCUCCCGCCGCUCUGUCAGCAGAGAACGAUGGGUGGAGACUCUGGUGGUUGCUGACAGCAAGAUGAUUGAAUACCACGGAAGCGAGAAUGUGGAAUCCUAUAUCCUCACUAUCAUCAACAUGGUGGCAGGCUUAUUCCAUGAUCCAAGCAUUGGCAACGCAAUCCACAUUGUGCUGGUUCGCCUUAUUCUUCUCGAAGAAGAAGAGCAAGGGCUGAAAAUAGUUCAUCAUGCGGAUAAGACAUUAGCCAGCUUCUGUAAAUGGCAAAAGAGUAUCAACCCAAAAACAGAUGCCAACCCACUGCACCAUGAUGUGGCAGUGCUUCUUACCAGAAAAGACAUUUGCGCCAGCAUGAAUCGUCCCUGUGAAACCUUGGGUUUGUCCCAUCUCUCUGGAAUGUGUCAACCUCAUCGGAGCUGUAACAUCAAUGAAGAUUCGGGUCUACCUUUGGCAUUUACGAUUGCACAUGAACUUGGACAUAGUUUUGGUAUCCAGCAUGAUGGGAAGGAAAACGACUGUGAGCCAGAGGGAAGACGUCCGUACAUCAUGUCCCGGCAGCUGCAAUAUGACCCCAGCCCCCUCACCUGGUCACAGUGCAGCAAGGACUACAUCACCCGUUUCCUAGACCGAGGAUGGGGCUUCUGCCUGGAUGAUGUUCCAAAGAAGAAAGAUCUGAAGCCUCCUUUCAUUGCACCUGGAGUGAUUUAUGAUGUGCACCAUCAAUGCCAACUGCAGUAUGGACCCAAUGCAACGUUCUGCGAUCGAGUGGAUAAUAUUUGCCAGACACUGUGGUGCUUUGUGAAAGGCUCCUGUCGUUCAAAACUAGAUGCUGCUGCAGAUGGAACGAGGUGUGGUGAGAAUAAGUGGUGCUUCACAGGUGAGUGCAUAGCCGUGGGCAAGAGCCCAGAAGCGGUUCACGGUGGAUGGGGGUCGUGGUCAUCGUGGUCGCAUUGCACAAGGACAUGCGGGGCCGGUGUUCAGACUGCAGAGAGACAGUGCAAUAAUCCAGAGCCACAGUUUGGAGGGAAGUAUUGCACCGGAGAGAGGAAGCGCUAUCGCGUGUGUAACGUCAAGCUGUGCACAAGAACUACGCCAAACUUUCGACAAAUGCAAUGCAGUGAAUUCGAUACCGUCGCCUACAGAAAUGAAUUCUACGAGUGGAUUCCAGUUUAUAACACAGCUAAUCCUUGUGAGCUACAAUGCCGCCCUGCAAACAACCACUUUACAGAGAAAAUGCUAGAUGCGGCUAUCGAUGGGACGCCUUGCUUUGAAGGAAACAACAGCAGAGACAUCUGUAUUAAUGGCAUGUGUAAGACCGUUGGCUGCGAUUAUGAAAUAGAUUCCAACGCGACCGAAGAUCAAUGUGGAGUUUGCCUAGGAGACGGUUCCUCUUGCCAGACUGUGAAGAUAACAUUCAAUCAGAGUGAAGGAUUAGGUUAUGUUGAUAUUGGCUUGAUUCCAAAAGGUGCAAGGCACAUCAAAGUGGUAGAAAUGGCAGAAGCAGGGAAUUUCCUCGCCUUGCGGAGUGAAGAUCCAGAAAAGUAUUACCUAAAUGGAGGGUUUAUUAUCCAAUGGAAUGGAGACUACAAAGUGGCAGGAACACUAUUCCAAUAUGGGAGAAAAGGUGACCUGGAAAAUCUCACUGCUUCUGGGCCCACAAACGAAUCUUUGUGGCUACAGCUCCUUUUUCAGGAAAAUAAUCCUGGAAUAAAAUAUGAAUAUACUGUUCGCAAAGACUGGAGCUCUGAGAAUGAAGUGGAAGAGCCUGAGUAUUUUUGGCAAUACGGAAGCUGGACAGGUUGCAGCGUAACAUGUGGGCGGGGUUUCCAACGGCAAACUGCCCGCUGUGUGAAAAGGGGGAAAGGUGUGGUGAAAAAUCUGUUUUGUGAUCCAGAAGCACAACCAAAUGGAAAACAAAAGAAAUGCAUUGAAAAAGACUGUCCACCAAGAUGGUGGGCAGGAGAAUGGCAGAAGUGUUCCACCACCUGUGGUCCAACAGGAGAGAAGAAACGAACUGUCCUUUGCAUCCAGGCUGUGGGGGUCGAUGAGCAAGCAUUGCCUGCUGAGGAAUGCCAACAUCUCCUGAAACCAAAAACUCGCCUUUCAUGCAACAGAGAUAUCCUGUGCCCAUCUGACUGGACAGUAAGCAAUUGGACUCAGUGUACAGUUACCUGCGGCGGAGGGGUACGGACUCGUAACAUCACCUGUACGAAAAACAAUGGGGAGCCUUGUGAUGUUUCAAGAAAACCCCAUUCUAGAGCUCUGUGUGGCCUCCAGCAGUGCCUGUCCACCAGAAGAUUACUGACCCACCAUAUCAAACUGCAUGGUGGGAAGAUAAUCAGGAGAAUGGGAACUAAUCCCAGAAGAGGCCCUGCAGACCGAUUGCCCACCCCAAAACCAUGGCCAAGAAUCCCGAUGACAACAAAAAUACCUGAACCUAGAAAUGUUACUUUGAUACCCACAUCUGUUAGCCUGAUGAAUUUUUCCCAACCAGAAGACUUGGAAGCAAAAAAUGUACAAAAUAAUUCCAGUGGCUCAAGCAUUCAUGAUAAUUAUUCCGGCGUACUUAGUGGCAACUGUUCACUGCAAAAUAGCACUUGUGGGCCCAUCACAAAUAAUACAAUUAUUUCAAAUGUUACAAACAUGGGAAGCGCAUCCAACAUGAACCCUACCAAUUCUUCGGAAGGUGGCUUUAUAAAUAUGGACUCCUUUACCACUAACCCCAUGUCUUGGGUUGUCACCCCAAGCGAUCAUUAUUUAACUGAAGUAUCUGAUACAGUGUCUAACAGUACUGAUGGAGGAACAAAAGACAAAACCCAAAGUGAAUGGCCAACAGGAACAUCUCCUACUACCAUCCCCGACAAGACCUCAAAAACCUCACCGACAGAUGACCCCCCUGGCACCUUUAGCCAAGUUCCUGUUACCCCAAUAGCAGGAGAAGAAGUUUCCUUGACUACAAUAAGCCUCAAAGGCCUUCGUGUACAAAUAAAUACACCUACAGCAGCAGAUCUUCUUACAGAACAGCCAACACUGUUAACUGAUACAUCAAGAGACAAGAGUACAAAUGGAAUGACACUCAAACCCUCCUUCAAUGAAACACACAAUCGGCCUACAGAAAGUCCAUUCCUGUGGGACACCAAUGUGCCAAAGAUCCAGGAUAAAGCUUUCAAGAGAACAUUUGUGAAUGACUCUGAUCCAGAUUCUCCAGAAGGCCCCGUGAAUUCCUAUCUUGAUGCCUACUGGGUGGUGGGGAACUGGAGUGAGUGUUCCACCACAUGUGGCAUGGGCGCCUUUUGGAGGCCGGUGGAAUGUAGCACCAAGAAUGAAACUGACUGCCUGCACAUUAAAAAACCUGAUCCGGCCAGAAGGUGCUAUUUCCGUCCGUGUGCCCAGUGGGAAGUUGGGAACUGGAGCAAGUGCUCCUCCAGCUGUGGAGGCGGUUUCAAGACUCGCGACGCUCAUUGCCUCGAUGUCCGUGAACACAGAAUCCUGAGGCCCUUUCAUUGCCAGCUAGUAGAACGCAAGCCACAGCUGAACACCAGCUGCAAUGCAGGGCCCUGCUUGGAGUGGCGUGCGGAGCCCUGGAAUGAGUGCUCUGUUCCCUGUGGAGGAGGCACUCAGCAAAGAGCAGUGCAGUGCAUCAGUAUGGAAGACCACGCGGCUAAGGACGGGAGCAUGUGUGAGCACAAGGCCAAGCCUCCAGACUCUCGGAAAUGCAACCUAGAUGCGUGCAUGGGGAACACAGGUGUGCCUUGCAGCAAGGACAGGCUGUCAGCGAAUUUCUGCAGGACAGUGAGGGAUGUCGGCAAAUGCUCCAUGCCGGCGGUGCAGAAUCAGUGCUGCUUCACAUGCAAGAGACCCUGGGAUGGUCACAAAAUGGGGCCUCAGAACCUACCAAGCACGAAACCAUAGUGUGACUGAGAAACUAAGAUGGCCUGAUCUAAAUUUGGAACUAAAGAGUGCUAUAGAGCUCUAGUCCCUCUCCCGCCAUGGCCCACGGAACCAUCAUGCAAUGGCUUUGACCCUUUCCAAAGACAGGAUAACCUUACCACGGAUUUGCAACAUUGGACUUGCAUAUUAUUUUUGUACGUUCUAUAUUUCCCCCCUACUUUUACUAUUUCUAUUUUCUCUCUCUUUGUCCUUUAUUCUCUCACCCUCUCCUUUCUCCUCCUUUAAAAAACAGGUUGUAAUGUCACAUUCCUGACCCAACUUAAGUCAGUUUGUGUUCAUUGCCUUAACUUGCUUUAGAAACAAUAACGAUUGAAGACCUUCCUUCUGAUCUAGCAAGGGAGGACUAAAGGUGGUAGAAGUAAGAUUCUGUGUGUUCAACUAAUGCAAAUGCAGGUGCACACCUCAACCUGUAUUCAAAUGUGCAUCCAGGCUCCAUUGAAAUGGUUGGAUGCAUCUUUGGACAUCCUCACAUUUGUUUUUUAUGCCGGACUAGUUAUCAUCACACAAAUGAUGUUGUUAAACUUCAACCCCAUCAGCCCCAGCCAACAUGCUUGGGAAUGUUGGGAGUUGUGGGGCAUCAACAUCUGGAGACCCUUGGUUAAACUUUACCUCCUCUGCCGCUACAUUCUCGUCCAAAACUAUGCGCACACACACACACACACCAGCCUUUUACAAAAAACGUAAAGAUCCAGGACAUCCAAUCAGAGCUUUCCAUUAGCUCAUAUACCUUGUCUCUAAGACUCUACGUAGUUGCCAUGAUAUCUUGCUCACAGCACACCUGAUCCCAGUUAUAUCCUACAAAUUAUAAUCUUGCCAACUGUGAUGUUCCUUAUGACAAGAUAAGCCACAAAAGUGAGUUUGAAAAAUAAAAGCUUCCAUUAACACCACUUUACCUGGAAACCUUUGAAAAGUCUCUUC